AUGUCUCCAUUCAGCAAGAUUACUCCAACCUGGCUUCAAAAUGAAAGUGACCGAUACGACGCUGUUGAAAGCCAAUCUGAUGACGACGGAAAGACGAUAGAUGAGGUGUCGACACUGAGAGAAAAUGCCUUGAGGAAAGAUCUCCAAUUCUACCGCAGAAGUUUCUAUGCAACAUUGGUGUCAGUGGCACUGCUCUUGUUGUUUCUCUUGUUUCGCCUACAGAGCUUCCCACAACCGUUUGUCCGCUAUCAGAGUUUGGAAUGGAGCGGAUUGCUGGGCGAGGACUUCAAUGGUUUCGUGCCCAAUGGGAUUGGGCAGCCAUUGAAGCCCACGUAUUUUGGUCCUGAUCACCCCUAUUAUAUGCCCGAGGAUCUUUUCGGGGACUUCAACAAGACAAUCGCCUUUAUCGACAAUUUGAAAGCCAUGCAUAAUGGAUCCAGCGUGCUGGCCGACAAAGACCACCCCAACAUUAAGCGGAUAAAGCCUGACGGCAACGUCACCGAGCUCGAACCAUUUUGGCCUUGGGAAGACCGCGGGGAUGGCCGGAAGAUCUAUGCCCUUCGUGGGUUCCACCAAAUGCACUGCAUAUUCGUCAUCUCUGAGGAAUUCGCCUACCAGUACAACAACGACUCAAAGUGGACCAGCGCCCACGUGGCACACUGCAUCAACACGCUACGUGACAACGUCAUGUGUACAGCCGACGCCCAGCCUCUGGGUUUCGCCAACGGUUAUAAGAAUGGCCAUGCGACCGAUGACCAAGCCAUGAUGUGUAGGGACUGGACUGCACUACGGGUAUGGGCCAACGAUCCGGUCCGGGGAAUUCGCGUCAAGGAUGCAAGCCCUCCCGGGAGCAAGAACGAUUUAAUUGUUGAUAUUCAACCGUUUCCCGAAUUGAACGAAUUGGAGUUGAAGGGGCUGGCUUGA